GGAGCAGUACAAUUUCUAAGUCAAGUAUAUCAGCAACUGAGUCAAUGGCAGAAGACCUAGAAGAACCAUCCUAUAAAGGAGAAAAAUUGGCUAGCUUUACAGGGUCUUGCUAUGUAGUUCAAGCUGGCCUUGAACUCACUAUGUCCUUCAGGCUGGCCUUGAGUUCCUCCUGCCUCAGCUUCCCAAGUUUUGCGAUUACAGAGAUGUGUCACCACACGUGACUUGUAAUUUUUUUAAAUAAAUUUUUUUAGGUGAUGGGGAAGGAAUUUUUUCCAGGCAUGGGCCUAUGAAGAGGACACUGAACUUUAGUCUCUGGAAAUUGUUUUUAAGUCUUAUUUCCCUAAAGCUAUUCAGGUGUCUGCCAUGGAAAAAUCUUAUGGAUCUCUGCUUCACUCCUUUUUGUGCACAGAAAAUUAUACUCUGACCUAUAUGUCAUGUCAUGGAUCUUUAUUAUCCACAGAAGCAACUUCCAGUUCACUCAGUGCUACGGCUGUAUUUAUGAUACAGUUUCCCUAGGACAUUGAACUACUGCCUUCCCUGAAGAUUCUGGCGGUUCCUUUUCAGCAUACUGUUCACAUGGAUAUUGAGCCAAUUUUAUCCCUGCAGUCCACCAGAGCUUCUCUUGAAGACCGUUGGUAGCUCCUGGUCAAGAUGAGAGGAGGUGGCCCAUAGCCCUAACCAAAGGCAACUUAGAAGAUGUCACCCUAGCUACGGAAGUUAACUUCAGGGCUCAAAGAAGUGGUGCAUGGCAUGUCCCCCAAAUAUGCUUUUCCUUCAUUCUUUCUGUAUUGUACAGGCAGUCAAACAUGCCAGAUCCCUGUCAAUAAUGUAGGGGAGUUAUCAGGGGGUGCCAGUAGAGUUAGACUGUGGGGUGGAGCCCCACAGACAGCCAGCCAUGCUGCUUGGUGAGAAGGCUCUCAGGCGCAGUUUGGUUUCAGAGAGCUUGGAUAGACUACAUGUUACACGUGGCCUGUUUCUCCACCAUGCAAAGUCACCUGCAGUGUACCAUCUGUCACAGUAUUUUUGUGUCUGAGAAGAAAAUGCAAAUUAGCAGUAACAAUUAGUAAAUGGUUUUUAUGAAAUUGAGUAUUUCAGAUAUGCAGGUUAUGAGGGCAGCUCCUGAAACAGUCAUAACCAAAGAGGACCUGGAGAAGAAUAUAGAGAUCCUACUCACGGAGACGGACACCCUGAGAUUUUUUGAUCUGCCGACGGUCAUGAUCUCUGUAGAAUCUGAAGAGGCGGAGAAAGUCAUCCAGAGAAAUAACAAAUAUGAGACCCUGUGUAGAAACAGAUUAGGCAAUGACUUGUAUGUUGAACGGAUGAUGCAGACUUUUAAUGGGGCGCCAAAAAAUAAAGACGUGCAGUGUGACAGGAUUAUAAUGGAAGACCAAGGGGUCAUGGCCACUACCUGGGAUCUGUAUGAUUCCUUCGACGCCCUGAAGCUCUCCUCCUCAGCCGGGAAGCGAUACGCAGUUGAGUCCAGCAGUAAGGCGAAUGUCCUUCCCAAAGAGCGCCUCGAGCAAAAGCUGCCAGCUGCCCUCACAGACAAAACUAGUGAAACAAGUUCCCUAAUGGAUUUAGAAAAUGUAAUUCUGAGUAAGGUCCAUGAAGAUGAAGAAGACCACGCAGAAGCGAUAUUCAAAUCGGACAAGUUUCUCCAGGACUUGUUUUUCAUGGAGCGGGUGCUGAUGGAAAACAUAUUCCAGCCAAAGCUUGCAGCUUAUCGUCAGCUUCCUAUUUUGAAAGAACCGGAGCCGGAAGAGCCUAAAGAAUUUUCAGAAUGUGUAAAAGUUGAAGAAGUGGAAGAAGUUAAGGAGGAGGAAGAAGAAAUAGAAAUUAGUGAAGAACAAACAAUACCAGCCAAUUUGGAAAGGCUCUGGUCUUUCACCUGCGACUUAACCAAAGGUCUUAAUGUGAGCAGCCUUGCCUGGAACAAACUGAAUCCCGACCUUCUAGCUGUUGGGUAUGGACACUUUGGAUUUAAGGAGCAAAAGAGAGGAUUGGCUUGUUGCUGGUCAAUAAAGAAUCCCAUGUGGCCGGAGCGUGUUUAUCCGAGCCCCUACGGUGUUACUGCUGUGGAUUUCUCCAUCGGGACUCCUAACUUGCUAGCAGUCGGCUAUUACAACGGCACCAUCGCCAUUUAUAAUGUGCAGAGCAGUGGGAACGUCCCAGUACUGGACAGCAGUGAGUCACCCCAAAAACAUGUGGGACCUGUAUGGCAACUGCAGUGGAUAGAGCAAGACCGAGGGACAACAGGGGAUGACAAAAGAGAAUUCCUCGUUUCCAUCUCGGCAGACGGAAGGGUCUCCAAAUGGGUCAUACGGAAAGGCCUGGACGCCCAUGAUCUGAUGCGAUUAAAACGAACUACUGUUGGCAGCAACAAAAAAGGAGGGGAAAAGGACAAGAAAGGGGAGGCUUUAAUAUCACGCCAGGCUCCGGGAAUGUGCUUUGCUUUUCAUCCCAAGGACACAAAUAUCUAUUUGACUGGCACUGAAGAAGGUCAUAUUCACAAAUGUUCCUGUUCAUAUAAUGAGCAAUACUUAGAGACCUAUAGAGGACAUAAGGGUCCGGUGUAUAAAGUUACGUGGAACCCAUUUUGUCCCGAUGUAUUCUUGAGCUGUUCAGCGGAUUGGGGUGUCAUGAUAUGGCAGCAGGAGAAUUUCCGGCCCUUUCUGAGUUUUUAUCCAACAACUCACGUGGUUUACGAUGUCGCCUGGUCCCCCAAAUCAUGCUAUGUAUUUGCGGCUGCCAAUGAGAGCAGAGUGGAGAUCUGGGACCUUCACGCUAGCACUUUGGACCCUCUGAUCGUAAAUGUUGCCAACCCUGGAAUCAAGUUCACCACUGUUCUCUUCGCCAAGCACACAGAUUGCCUUCUGGUGGGAGACAGCGAUGGGCAGGUGGCCGUGUACGAGCUGAGGAAUAUGCCCACUGCUUCAGACUGUGGCCGGGUAAGGCUCAAGCAGAAAACCGAGUCAUUCACCCAAGGGUGGUGCCACAUGCCUGUAAGCCAGCACCUCAGAAGGCUGAGGCAGGAGGACUGUGAGUGUGAGGCCAAGCUGAGCCUCUCUCUCUCUUUCUCUCUCUCUGUGGCUCUGUCUCUCCCUCUCCUCUCUCACACAUGCGUCUGUCUCAAGUCCACUCAGCUGUAAGUUUGUGGCACUGGGCUGCUGUGCGUUUCUUAAGUUUCAUAAGUGUGGCAUAUUGGAAGACAUUUAGGCACGGUACCUACAAUGUUUAUUUCCUGUCAGUUUUACUUCCUUUAUUUGGGAAAGAAAGAUGAUGAAAAUAAUAUUUCUGAGCAUAAGAAUUGUGGAUGUUAUGUGGAAGAACUUAAAAUUGUGCCUAGGUGCUGGGCAUGGUGACAAAUACCUAUAAUCCCAGCUACUCAAGAGGUUAAGGCAGGAAAGGGCAGGUUCAUGGCAGCUUGUGUAGCAUAGCUAGGUCCUGUCCCCAAAAAGAAAAGUACGUAGUGUGUAUUUAAGACUCAUUAAUUGCUAAACAUAGCUAGAGAACUUCUUACAGGAAGUAACUUUAUUUUUUAGAUAUUGUCCAGGGUUCCUGAUACAGACAUUUGCUUCUGCUGGUUUAGCAUUGUCUGGUUCACUUACUCACCUAUGAAAGUUUGUCACCAACCUUGACAAGCAACUGUUUUAUUAGAUGCUCAUUAUUUUUAUACUAGUUUCUUAGUGUACUAUUUUUUAUGUUUAAUUGUGACUGCAAAUAGUAAUCUGGUAACUACUGCCACAAAUCCAAAAAGCAUGUUUAAAAUGUUAAGAGUACACACAACACAAUAAAGAAAAACACUAAGACUUCAGUAGAAGAGUGAGGAAUUGUCAGAAAAAGUCACUCACAAGAAAUUACCAGUAAAAAUAUUUUAAAAUUCAACCUCAUUCAUUAAAAGGCAUUAAAUUAAAAAGGUGACAGCAUUUUUAUAUGUCCAAUAGCCAGCUUUAUUUGGAAAGAAUGUAUGGGCCUACUGAGCACUUAUGAGCAUUUAUAAACUAAGUUUUCUCUUACUGAUGGCUGGACGAGAAAUUGGUGUGACUUCUUUGGAAAUAACUUGACAAUCUGAACACUCAGGAAAUGUUGGUUCCCUUGACCCCAUAAUUCUGUGUCUGUGAUUCUGCAUAAAUACCCCUAAACACAGGCAGGAAUUGGUGACAACGUUAUUUGUGGCAGGAUAAAGAAAGCCCUGGAAAAGAGACAGCCUAACUACCUCUGUACGACAGGAAGGGCAGUCGAGCAAGGCGGGCAGACGAGCAGGGAUUCAAACUCAGAUCCCUGCCUCAGACUUUGUGCAACGGUAAACUCCAAAUGGAUCUGUACAAAAACCAAACUAUGGAAGUACAGCAUCAUGUUUUAAGGAAAAUAACUUUUUAAUAAAAGGCCCCCAAAUUCCCAUUACUUUUGCCUAUCAAUUUGUAUAAUGGGUAUAAUAAAGGUACCAGCAUCAAAGGCUGAGGGAUUGACUGAAUUAGUCAGUAGUACAGCUACCGGCUGGCACAGAGUCAGAACUAUUCCUGGCACAUAGUAAGCUCUCGGUAAACUUCUAUUAUUGUUGUACGCAACACAGAAGGCAGAAAAAAUAGACCAUUCAGUCCCUGCACGAAUCCUUACUGAGCGGGUGCCAUGUCUUCGCACACAGAUACAACACCCAGCAACUGGUCCGAGCAGUUUGUUUCCUAAGUGGAGUGAGAGUGAGGCAGGACAGAGGGUCUGAGAAACACCCCGAGGCAGGGUAGGGUCAGAGGACUUGGCCGCUCCUCUGGGCAGUGAGGUCUCAAAGGUCAGGGAAUGCCCAAGACGGCAGGUCACAGGCCACAAGGCAGGAACUGACUCCCGUGAUACCGUGGGGAGGGUUUAUGAUGCCUGAGGGUGUGUCAAACACCUCCCGUAAUUACCCAGCUCACCACAGCCUUUAGAAAUAGAUCAGGUUCCCCAAGACUGCCUUAUUAUGACAUUCAGGAAAUUCUCCCCUUCUGCUUCCCGUUCCUAUCCUUUCUGUGCAGACGCUACUGUCCUAUAAACUCUCCAUACAUCCUUGGGUCUCAUUCUCUGUUAUGUAAAUAUUUUCUUUUUAGUACAGUGCUAAGUAUUAUUAAGUGAAGAUGCAAAUCUCACGUGGAAAUUGAGUUCUGCUCUCUUUAAAUCAAGCAUUAACAGAUGGAGAGAGAACUGAAGAUACUGACAAGUGUGGGGGUGGUUUACAGAGGAGAACGCUCAGAAUUAAACACUCAGGCUAAACAGGAGCAGCCAAAAUUUCCCUCUUGGUGAAUCCUUAUAAAAUUAUUUGUCAAGCUUCAUUAAAAGGGGUUUUCAUGGGAGAGAGCAGGUUUACACCAGGAAGUAACUGCUGCUGUUUAACCUUCUCUGUUUGUUCCCUUUUAUGAUCCUCCUGGUGCCCUCUGUAUGCCUAUGGGUGCCUUAUAAAUGUUAAAUGGCCUUUAAAAGACCACUUUACCUCUUAAGUUGUGUUUUACUGCGUUGUAAUUGUGUAACUUUUUU